CCUCGCCGGAGGCUGCUGGCAGCCGUGGCGGCCGCCGGGGACCAAAAGGGGCGGAAGAAAACAGGGGGCGGAGGGACCCGGUCGCGGCGUGCGGAGGAGCAGCCGAGCAUGCCCCGAGACAACAUGGCCUCCCUCAUCCAACGGAUCGCCCGCCAGGCGUGCCUCACCUUCCGGGGCAGCGGGGGCGGCCGCAGCUCUUCCGACCGCGGCGCGGCGCCAGGCCCCGAGGCGCCGAUGCCGCAGGGCUUCCCAGAGAAUCUGAGCACGUUGAAGGGCCUGCUCACCCAAGUCCGCGCCGAGGACCUGAACAUAGCCCCGCGCAAAGCCACGCUGCAGCCGCUGCCGCCCAACCUGCCCCCGGUCACCUACAUGCACAUCUACGAGACGAACGGCUUCAGCCUGGGCGUGUUCCUGCUCAAGAGCGGCACGUCCAUCCCGCUGCACGACCACCCGGGCAUGCAUGGCAUGCUCAAGGUGCUCUAUGGCACCGUGCGCAUCAGCUGCAUGGACAAGCUGGAAGCGGACAGCGGGCAGCAGCAACGGGCCCCGCCGCCGGCGCAGCAGUUUGAGCCGCCCCUGCUAGCCCGAGAGCGGGACGCUCUGCGGCCCGGCGUGCUGCGCUCCCGCGCCGAGUACACCGAGGCCAGUGGCCCCUGUGUCCUCACGCCGCACCGGGACAACCUGCACCAGAUCGACGCCGUGGACGGACCUGCCGCCUUCCUGGACAUCCUGGCCCCGCCCUACGACCCAGACGACGGCCGUGACUGCCAUUAUUACCGGGUGUUGGAGCCCAUCCGGCCCAAAGAGGCCUCAGGCUCAGCCUGUGACCUGCCCCGAGAAGUGUGGCUCCUGGAGACCCCGCAGGCCGAUGACUUCUGGUGCGAAGGGGAGCCCUAUCCAGGUCCCAAGGUCGUCCCUUGAAGCGCCGCGCCGCGAGCGUGCCCUACUGAGGUCUGGGCCUGACUGCCUGCAACCCACCAAAAGGGCUCUUUUCCCUACCCCCAGGCUCUGGCAUCGGAUCUACUGGUGUGGGCAGUUGGCGCUUCCUGGGGAGCCCUGGGAAGCUCGGGCGACUGUACUGCAGACACCAGGCACGGUUACGGGGCGGGGAGGCAAAAAUGGGCCAGGUUGUUUCCUGGCUCUCACUGCCACCAAGGUUUUGAUUGGGAUGGGGGCGGGGUGGAUGGGGCAACUGUCUGAAGCGCUUCCUUCCUAAAGCCAUAAUGAAAAUACUCUUCCCUCUGUUCCAUAUCCUAUACAAAAUACCCAAAAUGGUUUUCUACAAUCCCCUGCUCCUCAGCCUUGGGUAAAGAGGAUUUGUUUUUCACUUUUGUCCUUAAGCCCUUUUACUUCUUAUUGUUAAGAGUUUUAACUUAUUGACUGCAUGGUCCAGUGGUUUGAAUUGUUUUUACUUCAAGUCAUUGGUAAUAGAUUUAAAGAAAUGAGUUAAUGUUUCAAAUGAGCUGUCCUGCCUAAUUAAUUCUUUGUGAAAAUUAAAUCAUUUUUUUGUUAGUCGGGGGAUCACCCUCAAAACAUAACUAUGCAUGUAGAGGAAAAGAUGUAUCUUCUUUCCUCCCCUUGCCCAAUAAGCCACAUCUGGCUUAUUCAGGCAACAUCUACUAAGUGAUUCAGCACCUCCAUAUCUCAGUGAUAAUAGUCAACUUCAAGCUUACCUUCCCCAUCAGUCUACAGAUCUGUGAUUUGAGCAGAUUUCUUGUUGCAGAUUCACCUUUAAUGCAAAAAUUAUAUUACCCUCAAGUGACUUGUUUUGUUUUGUUUUACUGUACUUUCAAGAGGUGAUAGGGUAUUUCUGUAUUUUUUUUUAACCAGAAGAUUCAGAAGAGCUGAAUCAGUAUGCUUCCAAACAACUGAAUGUAAAACACUCCUAGCCAGCUGUUGAACUCCUUCCCCCUAUUUACUUCUAGUAUUUUUCAGCAAAAGUAGAGAAAAAUACUGUUGAUGACUGUUUCCCAUUCUCUUAGUAGCUCUAAUGUCCCAGAGGGCUGGUGAUUCCAGCUGUGUUGUUGGUGGCAGUGUUCUCAUAGUCCUCCGAGAGAACCAGUGCUUGCUUCACCUGGUGUGGUUUUCUGUAGGAAGAAAGAGAAGGCACAGGUCGGUCAUCAACCCUUGAGAAUUAACUAUACUAUCGGCUGUAUUAGGGCACCAAAACUUGGGACAAAAUACUUCCCACUCCCAUCCUCUGAAAUGAGCAGUUUUGCUGUGACUAGUUUUAUUUUUGUCCUUUUAAUUGAAUGAGCAACUUUACCUUGUAUUGAUACCAUUUGCUUGGACCCAUAGAGCACUGUUGUUUCCCUCCAUUUUCUAUUCAUAGGAAUCUUUUCACAAAUCUUAAUUAAAAACAAACCAGAACUAAACAUAAAAAUUUGCCCAGUUGUCAUCUAAGCCCUCUUGAUUGACUUUCCCAUGUGGCAAUUGAGUUCUGUCGUCUAUAAUAAAGAAAAAUUUGCUAUUGGUGGAAAGUGUUGACCCUUUAAGAAAGUAGUAUGUACCUUUGCCUCUUGUAGGCACACCAGGUUGCAGAGACACACAGUGAAGGGAUAUUUGUUUCCAAUUUUUAAAAUAGAAUGCAAAAGCAAAUUUUUGAUGAAUAUUUAACCUGAUAUUACCACUAUAUUGUAAAAGCUAACACAGUCAUAAUGUCAAGCAUUCUUCCAGGUUGCUUGAAUUUUUGUUAGCUUCACGUUUUUGUGUGUUUUAUUAUACCUGGGGAGCAGUUUGAAGCCUUCUUCAUGCCAUUCAGUCUGAAAAGUGAAUUUUAACAUGCAAAUAAUGAUUUUCCUAGAAAAAUUCACAGUAUGGAUUCUUUUCAUACAGGAAUGAAUGUGUAUGCUUAUCAAUCACAUACCUACCUGUUGUGAAUUAUAUUGUAGCAAAAGGUUAACUUACAAAGAUUGUUGAUAGUGAUAUGUAUGCUAUAAUACAAUCUGGAAUACAUUUAACCUACAGAAAUUCAUUCUAGCAAUAGGACAGUAAUAAAGGAGUGAUUGUAUUUCCAAACUUUAUCAUGAAAAGUUCUAAAGUUCUCAAGUACACGCAAAUUGGGGUGCUUUUCAAAUGAAUAAUUGAAAAAUUUGCAAGCUGAAACAGCAAUAUGAUAUCUUUAGUUCACUAAGAACAGUGAAACUUUUGGUUGAUUAAGAAAUUGUGAGUUAAUGGUGAAAACGAAAUGUAACUUGUUUUUUCGGAAAGAAUGUUCUUGCAAAGAUAAAAUAUGGUGCAGUACCACCUUGCACCUCUGCAUAAACUGUUAGUCAUGACUGACUUGUGCUGCUAUUGUGUUUCUAUAUAUUCCUGCCAUAUAGACUUUGUUUUAUUAGCACCUGUGGGAAAAGGUUGUCUUCCCCUACAAAAGACUAAUGAGCACAAUACUACUAAUCACUUUCCUAUUGAAUAACAAAUGCAAUAAUUGCCUCUCCUGGAUGAGAAGUUGUCUGUCUAAAUACUUCUAAAACUUUUUAGUUCUCUGGUUCUAUCAAUGAGUUACAUCACUGCAGAGUAUUGUGUACCUACCUACUAUUUUAUGAGAAUUGAUUUUUACUAAGCCUGAUUUGCAUGGAUUGAAUGUACACCAACUUCUGUUUAUGAAUGAAAAUGGUGAGCCUAUUUUUUAAGUGUUUUGUCAACAGGAGUGGGUUCUCCAACAUUUUGAAUUGAAUAGCCCUUCAUUUCCAAAAUCACACUUUCUGGUCCUCCUUUUGCACAGUCCCCUUGUAGGUUCCUCAGUCUUGGCAUCUCAGGAGGACAUUGUCAUCAGCCAUCUAUCUAUUCCAGUGACUCUGAAUUCCGUGCACUAGCUCUAAAAGAAGCAAUAUAGCUUUAAUUCAGGGCUUCCUGCCCAUUGCUGUUCAACUCUACCCUGAGGACAGUGCCACUCCUGUAACUCUCCUGGUCUGAAAUCAGCACUUAAAAGUUACAAAGAGAAGCUGACCACUGCUCAUUUCAGUGGUGUCUACUGUCAAAGAAGAAAAACAUUUGUUAAGCCCCAUAUAGAUACUGAAUCUUAACUUCCAGGGAUAUUUACAUUUCUGGAUUAAAAUCAGUGUACCUAUGGAAAAUAAAGGCAUGUUUGGAAGUGCUUAGAGGUAAAUUUUACUGGUUAUUGAAAGAUGGAAAAUGAAAGUAUUACUUGCUAUGAUGUCUACAUUUUAAUUACUGUUAAAGGUUCAUGGUCUCUACUAUAUGUCUAUACUGAGUUACCUUCUGCAGAAUCUAAGUUCAAAUAAUAAUAUUACCUUAAGACUAAUAAUUAUUUCCUUGAGAGUAUGUUUUGAAAUAGUUGAAUUGUAGACACAUCCAAAACUAUUUAAUGUCUAAUCAUACUAUUUUGCGGUAACAGAAAAAACUUUUAUAUUUAACUUAAGGAAAAUAAACUCGUUCAGGAAAACAAAAGUACUUUCAUCUGUGAAGGAAAGAAAUUGUAGUCAAAAAUAUUUUGCUUUUCUUUUUUCCAUGGAAUUUAACUGUAGUUUGUACUGGCAGCAUUAUCAGCAUUUGUGUUGAUGCCCACUGUUCCCUCCACUCUGCCUUCCCCCAAACUGUACUGGACUCUUAAUGUCACUACAGCCACUUUUAAUAUAUACCAAUUUGCCCUAUUUUCAUUACCAGUUAGGACAUUGAAACAAAUUCCCUGGUUUAUGAACAAUAACAAAACCGUAUUUAGGUUUACAGACCUAUUUUUAAUGUACAUUGAACCACUACAAAUGCAUUAGGUUCUUUAAGGAAUUAUUCACCCAAAGUUUACUUUUAAUAAAAACGCCUAUUAACAAUUGCAACAUCAAUGAUAUAUAAUAACGCAUAUUGAAUAUAAGAAGUCACCAACUUUGCUUUAUAUGCUUUAUUUCUUGAGCAAAGUUAAAAAAAAAAAAACACCCCCAAAAAGUACCUGGAAUGUUUCAAGCAGAGUAAAAUCUGAUUAAAGAUUGACCUAACGUUGAAAUCAACGGGUAAAAGCCACAAGGUUGGCUCUGAGAAGACACUGAGGUAUGGGUUAUGUUAUGCCACUUCAUCAAGCCCACGUAUCAAAGUUGAAGUGGUUAUAUAACUAAUUUUGACUAUCGUCAAAAUGUAUUCAAUCUCACUUUCAAAAAUAGAUUUUGGGCGAAUUGUUUACAUCUUGAUUAAAGGUGCUGUGGAAUUAGAAUUUGGCAGCAAAAUUAUAUUAACAAAAUUCAGUUAUGCUAUAUUUUAACUAAAUUUCAGUAGGGAAGUAGUCAUUAAAAAUACAAAGUACCAAAAUGUAGUAUUGUUUCAGACAUUUUACUUGAACAAAAUUGGCCCAAGCAAGGAUAAUCUGACAAGCUAGGAAAUAGGAAUUUAAUGGCAUAACUACCAGUCUCGAACAAAUCUGUCACUGAAGUUUAGAGACAUAGUGUUUAGUAGUUCUAGAAAGAGGUAUUCUAUGUGUUUGAAAUAGAGGAGGAAAUAAAGGGUUAGUGAACCCCGUAAAUUAGGUCUCAUAUUCCAGAGUGGGUAAGGGUAAAAGGUACAGAGGUAACUACUGUUCUUAACUACAAGUCAUUAAUCAUCAGCUAGGUCUGAGGGAGUCCUAAAAGUGACAAAGGACAGAUGAUACGGUUUUUAGAUGUAGCUCAGCAGUGGGUUCUCCAAUAUGUUAUCCUGUAAGCAUCCAGAAGCAGUGGGUGAACUCAAUAUUUAGGCCCCGUUUUAAAAGUCAGGAUAAGUUACAAAGACAAUCCUUUUUUUCUUGUCUGAUAGGUAGACAAACACUU